AUGACGCCUACGCCAAGCCAGCUCAAUGCACAGCACUGCCGCAACUUCAUUCCUAAGCUUCAUACCACGCCCUAUCCAGAAAUAGAUCCAUCAAGUGUGAAAUUGCCUUCCCCUUUCGUUGUUUGCAUAAUCGGCGGACGGGGCGCAGCAGGUGGCGGACUAGCUCGAGCAUACGCCCAGGCCGGCGCAUCGGGUAUCAUCCUUGCUGCUCGCACACGUUCGGGUCUCGAAGAAACAGCCAACGAAGUACGCUCAAUCGGCUCUAAGACCAAAGUAGUCAUCUCAGAAUGCGACAUUACCGUCGAGAAAGACCUCGCUUUGGUCGCACAGACUGUUAUGACCGAAUUUGACGGGCGCCUUGAUGUUGUAGUGGUAAACUCGGGCUACUCGGGCCCGAUGAUACUUGAUAUCACUAAAGAGUCACCGGAGGACUACCGGACUGCGUUCGAUGUCCAUGCGAUUGGCCUCUUCUAUGCGGCGCAUCAUUUGCUCCCUUUGCUUGAUGCAACCCAGUCGCCCGCCAUGUCUUUUAUCGCGAUCAGCUCUAUGGCUACGCCUACUGUUGGUGGGAUGGGUGGUCACGCUCAUUAUUGCGUGAGCAAGGCGGCUCAAGCGAGAUUAAUUGAGAUGAUCAAUGAGCAAUAUUCGAAUCGUGGACUCUUUUGCGCCAGCGUGCACCCAGGGGGCAUGAAUAGUGGUUUCAUCCAGCAUGACGUGCCUGAAAAUAUCAGGAACAUGUUAAAUGAUAGCCCUGAUCUGGUUGGGGCAUUCUGCGUCUGGUUGUCGACACCCGGCUCCUCUGAGAGACAACGAAAGGCCCUAAACGGUCGCUUCCUCUCCUGCAAAUGGGAUGUUUCCAAGCUCGAGGAACGAUUCGAUGAAAUUCUGGAGAAAGACCUGCUGAGAUUCCGGAUUGCUGUGGAUUAA